AUGGAGUCACCAAGCCUUCCGAUGCCGGCCAAAGACUGGACCACCACCAGUCUCCACCGUGUACUAUGUAUGCAAGGCGGCGAAGGUGACGUCAGCUACAUCAACAAUUCCGAUAGCCAAGCUUUAGCUAUAAGCUUAAGCAAACCCCUCCUUAUCUCAUCUCUCCAAUCCAUCAAACUCUUCUUCUCCCCCGACGACGACCACACCUUCCCGACCAUCAGAGUAGCCGACCUUGGCUGCGCCACCGGCUCCAACACUUUCAAUACUGUCGACACGGUGGUUGAGACUUUACGGCGGGGAUACAACACCGUGUACGGUGGUGGCCAGCCCGAGUUUGAGGCUUUCUUCUGUGAUUUGCCUUCUAAUGACUUCAACAUGUUGUUUAAACUGUUGACUGAGAAACAGAAAAUCGAAUCGUCUACGUAUUUCGCCGGCGGGGUCGCUGGCUCGUUUUAUGAUCGGCUUUUCCCGAAAGGAACGAUCCAUGUCGCUGUGAGCUUAAGUGCUUUACAUUGGCUCUCUCAGAUACCGGAGAAAGUGUUGGAGAAAGGUUCGAAAACGUGGAACAGAGGAAGGACGUGGAUCGAAGGAGCAGAGAGAGAAGUGGUUGAUGCGUUCGCAGAGCAAUCAGAAAAAGAUUUAGAUGCUUUCUUGAAGUGUCGGAAAGAAGAAAUGGUGAAAGGAGGAGUGUUGUUUGUGUUAAUGGCUGGUCGUCCUUCAGGCUCAGUUAGUCAAAUUGGAGACGAAGAUUCUCGAGCCAAACAUCCUCUCACAACUACUAUGGAACAAGCUUGGCAAGAUUUAGUAGAUGAGGGUUUGAUAGAUGAAGAAACAAGAGACGGUUUCAACAUUCCAACGUACAUGAGAAGCCCGGAGGAAGUGGCAGCCGGGUUUGACCGUAUCGGUGGUUUCAAGAUAGAGAAAUUGGAAUACAUGACAACCAUUGAUCACACUGAUGAGAGAAAAGAAGAGUGGAAGAAAGAUCCGGUUGCGUACGGACGGGCCAGGUCCAAUCUGGUUCAAACCGCUGUUCGUUCUAUGGUCGAGGCUUAUCUUGGACCGGACUUAUGCGAUGAGCUCUUCAAACGAUAUGAGAAGCGUGCUACAACCCGAGAACUUCUCCAUAUGACUUGUUUCUAUGGACUCGUCGUGUUCUCAGCCAUCCGAAUUUGA